GAAUUGAUUAUUUUUUAUUGUGGGUAGUAUUCACAGGAUAAAUAACCUUAUUGUUGAGGGUAAUAUACAAUAAAUAAUACCAGUUUGUAAGUGACAAGUGCUUUAAAAAGUAAGUGAUUUAAUACGUUUUAAAGUGUUAAGUUGUGAUUAAUUUUCUUUAUAAUAUGGAAUAACCAUGAAACCAUCGGUUGAGGUACGUUGUAUUGUGUGUCAGUUAGUUUACUGUUGCGCUGACUGCCGCCGUAGACACGAGAGAACAACUCACGGCCUCACGUACGACUGCCCCAUCUGCAGAGGCUACCAGUUCCUUUGCCGCCCAGAACUUCUCAACCGAGACUUUAUCGACCAUCUUACUAAAGAACAUACACCCUUACACUGUAAUAAGUGCAACAAGAUCUUCAAAACCAUGGAAGAUUUUUCUAAUAUAGAUAAGUGCAAUAGUAUAUCUGAACUCAUAAGUAAAGAAGCAUUUGCGGGAAACACUCAAAUAAAAGAGGUCGAUGAAAAAUUCGACUCCCUCUAUGAAAAAGUCAAUAAACAUGGUGAGGACUUCGAAGGUAUUAUUUCAGUUAAUAAAAAUAGUAAAACUGCUAUUAUUACACCAAUUAUAAGAAAAAAACAUCUAGUUGAUUAUGAGUCCAGUGAGAGUGAUAAUGAUGAUAAAGUGGGAACAAUGACUCCUCAUCCAAAGUUAGUGCCAAAGACUCCAAGAUUUAAGAAGCAAAGGUCGGCCACACCCCAUACUAAGAAGCUGCUGAGUUUGAUGCGACAGAAAGUAGUCGAAGAGUAUGAAGAAACUCUUGAUGAUGAUCGGGAGGAGACUCUCGAUCCUAAAACUACACCAUCGAGAAUUGAGACAGUUCCAGACCCCCAAAAGCAGAUGACAACGCCAACAUCUCACCUACCGCACCUCAUGAAGCUAGCUCAGAUAGUCACCACCAGCACGCCGACUCAUGCUGCUGCUAACGGCUGGCCACUUUUCGCUGACCAAGGAGCUGAUUCUCCACUUUCAGAAAUUGAAAAUACUGAGAGUCCUGCUCAGAGUAUGAAUAAUGAGCCAUCAAAAACUGAACAAGAUUCAGUACAUCCAAAACUUAAGAGUAUCAUAGUACCAGCCAACAGAACACGGAUCGGCAGUCAAGACAGUUCAGAAAAACAUGUGACCUUCCAAGACUCGAACGAGGUCUCCAGCAAAACUAAAAAGGUCAAGUUUGCUGAUGACACUGUCUUUGAACAGGCUAGGGUCAAGAGAGUAUUCAGAAAACCGAAGAGAAUGCUUACACCGGGACCGCAGAAACCAAAAUUCUGUUACAAUCCUCGUUUUCAAGCUUUAAUUAACCGUUUUGAAAACCAGGGAAUAAUAAUGGCAAGGACCCCUAAAACGAGAGAAAAGAUUGGGAACAAUCAAGAAAACACGCCGCCUGUCGGAGAGCCGUCAACCAUGCCCGCUCGGGCCAUAAACUUCAAAGAAGACAGUCCACAAAUCGAAUCAGAAAAGUCGAAAGAAUCGAAUGAAUUAUUCAAAACAUGUAUCGAAACUCCGGAGUCAGGUAUGAACGCAAUAUCAACAUUGUCGACGAACAUAGCCGGGACCCUCCAGGACUGUCUCUCAUCAGUUCUAAUGAACACUGAAGAGGAAACUGAGAUACAGUUCAAGUUUGUCAUUACGAAGAGGAAAGUUAGUGUCAAGAGGCUCGUGGAGGACGGCGAGGGGGCAGAAGAGAAAUCGAAUGUAAUCGAUAAGAAUCUGGAAUCGAUUAAAGAUAACAUCUGGUCGAGUGUGGCAAAAGCCGUGAAAAAUGUGUUUUGGGGUGAGCAGACGUCUAAUUUAGCUACAACGACACCACUCAAAUCAAUUUCCUUCAAUUCUACAUCAUCAUCUUGCAAACGGAAAUGCGACGAGCUUUCAGACACGGAGAGUCCAUUAAACCACAAGAGACAUAAGUAUGAAGGCAGGAUUCGAGGCAGACCUCCUUUGAGGAGGAGCAAGACCUGCGUGGCCAGUCUAAGAAGUUCCAUGUCUGCUGAACAGAAGUCCUUGAUCAGCGAACUGACUAUGAGUCAGGAGGAAGCUAUGAAUUUGAGUUUUUGAUGGUUCAAUUUGAGUGGUCACUUCUGUGCGAUGAAUUUUCAAGUUUAUUACAACUGCAUAAGAGAGAUAUUUGUGUGGUCUAGGUCUAUUGGAAGGCCAUGAAUUUGCAUGAGGACUUUAGUUUUAAAUUUAUUCUCACGGUGGAAAAAUUAUUCAUGAUUCUAUUCUAAAAACGGAUGGAAUUCAAAAGCGACCGUCUUCAAGUCUUCCGAAAAUGUUCACUAAUAUUUUCAAUUUUUUCGGGAAGUUUUUUUUUUAGUAAUUUCAUUUUAAUUCACGAAAAAGGGAUCAAUUUAUGCAAACCCCUUCCGUAUUUAAUAAUGGUAAGUGUUUCAAAGGUUAAUUAAUGCAGGAGUGCUAACUCGAGAGGGAGCUUCUAAUUUAAUUGUAUCGAUUAAAUCUAUUUAAUUAUUAUUUUUAAUUAAAAUGUAAAUUCCUUGCGUUAUCUUUAAAAUCUGUUUAAUAUAGCAAUUAAAAGGGUAAGGCUCAUUGCAGUUUUA